UCAACAAUAAUAUCGAUAUUGUGUAAAUAUUUUGGCGUAGCUAUGGAUUUAUUUGAAGAUUUACCAGAACCUGGCUCUCAAAAAGCUUCUAUCUUAAGUCCCGAAACUCAUUCUUGGGGUAAUGCUAGCAUUGAUAUAUUUUCCGAUUUACCUGAUCCUUCUACACAAACUCGUGGUGUCAAAAGAAAAAUUGAAGAUGAAAAUGGAAAAAACAUUUGUGAAAUAUUGAAUGAAGAAAAAUUGUAUGAUAUCCAAGGUUUUUCUGCAGAAAAGAAAGGUGAAAGAGAAGAAAUGCAAGACUUCCACAUAUUAAUUGAUGAUUAUCAUAAAUUUAUUUCAGAUCUUCAUCCAUCUAUAUCCAGGCUUUCAUAUUAUGCAGUAUUUGAUGGACAUGGAGGAGCUAGAGCAUCCAAGUUUGCUGCCAAUCAACUUCAUACGCAUCUGGCACAAAAAUUUCCCAAGGGCCCUUCUGUAAACAUUGAAAAAGAUAUUAAAAGAACUUUGACAGAUGUUUUCAAAAAAACUGAUGAGGAAUUCUUGAAACAAGCUUCAAAAUCUAAACCAUCUUGGAAAGAUGGAACUACUGCCAUUGUAGUGCUUGUCAUCCAAAACAUUUUAUACAUUACCAAUCUUGGGGACAGUAAGGCUAUACUUUGCCGUUAUAACAACAAAGCUGGUAAACAUGUUUGUGUUCCUUUAAGCACUGAUCAUUCUCCAACUGAUUACAAAGAAAGGAUGCGUAUUCAAAAGGCUGGUGGAUCAGUACGAGAUGGCAGAGUAAUGGGAGUUAUAGAAGUGUCAAGAUCUAUUGGAGAUGGUCAGUAUAAAGCUCUUGGAUUGUGCUCUGUACCUGAUGUUAAACGCUGUCAGCUUACUGAUGAUGACUUGUUUAUUCUUCUUGCAUGUGAUGGAUUGUGGAAGGUUUUCUCAUCUGAAGAAGUUAUCAACAUAGUCUUAAGUUGUAAAAAAGAACGUUCAGAAAAUAAAAACGAAAUAUGUUAUGAGAGUGCUUGCAAUAAAUUGGUCAAUGAAGCUAUCCGUAAAUAUAGUGGAGAUAAUGUUACAGUUGUCAUUUUAUCUGUCAAAAAGAACUGAAAUUACUAAACGAAGUAUUUAAGCAAUCACUAAUAAACAUUUCAGUUUCAUCCAAGUUACAGAAGCAAAAUAUUUCUGGUUCAAAUUCUUCAUAAUGUAGUAAAUAUCAAGUAGUUUUUGUAAAUUUUUAUAGUUUAUGAGAAAAAUAUAUAUUCAUUCACAGAUUUUUCCUGUCAUGGUAAAAUUUUGAUUUUGACUGAAUGUUUUGUCCUGUUUUUAGAUUAUAAGAUGAUAAUAAAUCGUUAAACUAUUUAUUAUUUAUUUAUCCAAUAAAUAGUUCUACUAUUACAAGUGUGGAAAAGGAAUAUUGAAAAUUAACUGCAGUUUUUGUUUUUAGAUAAUUUCUUUUCUCUUUCUUUUCACAAUUUUUGUGUAAAAUGUAAACCUUAUCAACUGCAUUUUUGAUUAAAUAAUGAAGAUGUGAUAGCGACGCUUGUUAACUAGGCUUUUUUUUAAAAAAAUUUAAAAUAUUAAAUUUAUAAAAAUUAAAUUUAAAACUUAGAAAAUAUUAAUAAAUAGAUAAUUGAUGAUUUUUGUCCACAAAAAGGGCAGUUAGCUAUUUUAACUAGUUCUGCCAUGCAAUAAUGUGCAUUGAUAAUAGCAAUAAUGUUUUAAAUUCGAGAUAGAUUUUUAUACGUUUGAUAUUUUUGUAUGAUAAACUGCACACACUACAAUUUUUUCAAAAAUCAAUUUUUUUUAUCAGUUAUCAGAAAUUCUAUUUUUAUUGAUUGCAUGAGCGAGGGAAAGAGAAUAGUUGUCAAGCUGCUUUCUACAAAAUGUAUUGUGCAGCAAGCACAAUAUAUUGUGCAAAAAACAUAAUGCACAGCAAUGUAGGUAACUCAUUUUAGAUGCCAGUUUUUAUUUUUACAAUUGACUCUUUGAAAAGAAAAUAUCUAAAUAAAUAAAAAGAAGUUAAUGAAUGCUUAAUAAUGGACAUAGUUUAACAAAAGUAAGAUUUAAAGCAAUACAUAGUUUAGCCAAAAAUAAAAUAAUAAUAUAAUAUAAAUAAAAUGAUUAAUAAAAUAAAUAUAAAUCACAUAAAUAAAAAUAUUUAAUUAAUAAUUUUAAUGAAAAGAAAGUUUUUGAAGAAAAAGUAAACUUUUCUUCAAAGUUUCUAAUUUUUAUUGUUUUUCCUUUGUUUUUAGCUUAAAAACAUAUUCUACAUUACUUAGUGUAUGGUAUGUUAGGUGUAUUACUUAGGUUUUCUUUUACUGCAGUCCAUUAUUUUGAGAAUAACUCAUUUGCAUAGAUUAUUGUUAUGUAGUACAUGCUCAACAUUUUAUUUACAUGAAUGAUGAACACUGAACUGAUAAUUCAGAGUUCUGAUACAGAGCUACUUGCACAUAAAGAUGUGCAAUAUAAACCCAUAUGUUAAAUAUAAGAACCAAUUCAUUGGAAUUUUCCUCCAUGUAAGAUGACAUGGGGAAACUAAUGAGUAAUAUUGUUUUGUGUUAUUUUUCUAUUUAAUAUGUUUGCCUAAUUUUGUAAGAUAGUUUACAACUUUGUAAUUGAACAUUAUCCUAAAAAUUUUGAUGACUACUCUUCAAAAUAUGUAGCUCAUAUAAUAUUUAAGAUUUCUAAGUAUAUGCUAUAUAUAGACAAUCCAUAUUUUGUAAAUUUAAUUUAAAUUUAUUAUAUAGCAUCCCUAAUAAUAGAAAAUAGUGCUUAGUAAUGUGUAAUUGCAUGUAAAAAUACAUUGUUCAGAAAUUAAUGACAUAUUUGAAUAAAUUCAUGGCAUAAAUUUGCUGAUUAUCAUUUAAAAUUUUUGAUAACAUAAAAUUUUUGCUUACCAACUAAAUUUAAAAUGUAAAUUACCUUUUUUUAAAUUAAUUUUUCUUAAUCUCUAUUAUAACAACAGAAUCCUUAACAAUUUCAUUAUAAGAAUAAAUGUAUAAUUAAAAAAUAUUAUUUUCUAAGCAUAUAUAUUAUUCAUCUUAUGUAUAUAAAUCUAAUAGCAAUCCAUUGUAAGCCAUUACUUAAAAAAAAUUGGAGUUUCUCAAUCAUGCCCUAAUUUUUCAAUUAAAUAACGUAAUGCCAGUUGCAUUUUUAGAAAAAUCAACAAGACUGCUUUAAUGUGUCAGAAUUGUUGCCAGUUAUUACAAACAGUGAAAAUAGUUAAAAAAAUUAUUGAAAAGUCCCAUUCCUCAUUCCUUAUUUUUUUUAUUUUUUAUUUGCAAACUUUUACCCUUACUUUCCGUAACUUAUUCAAUUUGUGGACAAACUCCUAUUUUUUAUGUAAUGAUAAACUUUACUUUGUUAUAGAAUUAAAAGUAAUAUUUCCUAUACUUUUAUAAAUUCUAUUACUCUUUGUGCUAAUAAGUUAUAUUGGAACUUAGUUUUAAAAAAAUGUAUUUUAAUUAUAGUAAAUUAAAUAAUACAAUUUGCAUUUUAAUAUUGCCUCAGAAAGUAGAAGCUUAUCAUCAGUAGUAUAGAAAUCUAUGAAAUAUUAGCUUUGUUUCUAUGGAAAAACUUAGCUUCAUUUUGAAAACUUUUAUACAUAAAUGUUAUAUUAUCAAAAAACAGAAAAAUAAUGUCUAAGUCUAAAACAAUAAUCAUUUUAUUGGUUACAGUAAUUUAAAACGUAAUGAGAAAAAAAAAUUAUGCUGACUAAUGAUAAUUUUUUUUUCUUGCGCUUAUUUGAUAUAUUGUUUGAGGACAUUGAAACUAUGAGUCAUUAUAAAGCUUUUAAAUGUCAUUUAUGUUUUCCUUCUUUUUCUUUUAAUUUCAUUCACUGUAAUUAAUUCAUUUAAUUUCUUUGGCAUUAUUCAUUGUGUUUCCUUUGUGUAGCUUAGCUAUGCUAAAUCUUGAGUUAUAAAAUCAGUUUUACUUUAUUUUAUGCAAGCAUAUGCGUAAUAUUUUACUUAGUUUCAGCAUUCAAUAGAAAAAAAUUGAAUUGAAAUCUUAUAUUCGUGGAAAAUAUUACAUGCGUAUUUGUAGGUUAUUGAUUGUUUUGUAGUCAGAGUUGUAUGAAAUGUAAUAAAAAGUAUUAGUUUUAUAUAUUUAUGUUUUAAAUAUUUUUUUAGGUGUAGAAUAGAUGGUAAAUCAAUGAAUACCAUUGUAAACACUGAAAAUUAUUCCAAUUUUUAUUCUGAUAAUAUUUGGAGUUUUUUUUUCAAUUAAAUGCUUCUUUAAAUUUAAAAUGUUCAAUCACCGAGAAAUAGAUUUCUCGGUGAUUUGAACAUAUGGAUCAUUGUGUUUUACUACAUUUUUCACUUUGUAGAAUAUUUUAUCUGCUACAAUUUUUUUUUUAUAUAUACUAUAAGAUGUUUUUUUUUCUUAUGUCUAGCCAUAUAAAAUCACCUUUUGAACUAAACAUACCAUAAUAGAUAAAUUUUGUUAUAUCCUACUUGUUUCACAUAUUGCAAAUACAUGUACAUUGUAUCAUUACAUACAUAUACAUUGGAUUAGCAGAACUGCUUACCAGUAGGCAAUUGAAAUAUUACAUAUAUCUAAACUUUCUGUGAGGAAAUUCAUAUUUUAUUUAUAGCUAUGUUAGGCUUUAGAUAGAUUGUAAAUUUAGCAAAAUAAUAUAAUACUUUUUUUUUACAUGACAUUAUACAAUCAUGGCGCACACAAACAAUACUUUCAUGGUACCUCAUUUCCCAUUGUCUUGUUUUGUUUUUUUUAAUUUAUUCUUUAUAAAUUCUGAGUUCAUAAUGAAUAAUAAACACAGAAUUUGCUUCAGGUUAAACAAAAAAUAACUAUAUUUUACUAGUUAAUAUUUUAAAUGAGGAAAUAAAUACUAAAUGCCUCGUCAGAUAAUUUUAAAAACAAAUAUACACAAUUUCAAAUCAAGUUAAUUGUGUUAAAUAUUUUGUGCUUCAAAUAAAUUUAAAAAGAAUAGGAGCAAGAUUUAGUAAAAGAAAUUGCAACUGCCUUCUUUUGAGUGCAUUAUAAAAUAUAACAAAGUAUGUCAAAGAAAGAGAACUAUAAUGAUGGUGACAGAACAUGAAUUUAGCUUACUGAAGUAAAAUAUGCUGUUUAAAAUUUAUUUAAAGGCGUAUUUAGUUUUUUUAAUGCAUAUUUCACUUAAUUUUAUAAGAGAAAAAUAUGUAAGAAAAAUAGGUAAAAAAAAUUUAAAUAUAAAAAAUACAAUAGUGUCAGGUGUAAAUUUCAGGUAUUAUUCAUUUAUGAAAGAAUUAUUUUAUAUUUACAAAAUUUAAAUAAAUUAUACCAGGGAACCUUAGGAUCUUGCUUUAAGCAGAAAAACUCAUUUUUCUAGCUCUAAUUUUAGUUACUCAGAACAAAUAAUUAUGCAUUUUAGUAUCGGACAUAAAAUAUUUGUCCAACACCAAAAUUAGAAUUCUUGUAGAAAUUAAAAUGCGCAAUGUAGAAAUUAAAAUGCUAUGUACUUAUGCAACAGGACCAGUUUUUAUAUAAUGCACAUUACUGAUUAUUUACUUCACUUCUCAAUAUUUAUAUGAAUUUAUAAAAAAAAUCAGGAUUUUUUUAAUAGUCACUUAAUGCGACUAAAAAUUUCAGAUAUUGGUAUUCAGAUACUAAUUAGAAAAUAAAUUUAUCAAGUUAAAAGUUAAUAUUUCAAAAUCUUCAACUUUUUACCUUUAAAAAAUAACACCUUGUUUGCUAAAAAAAAUAUUUACUUUAAAUUUUUCAUCAUUUGGUUGACCGUACCAUGGAACUGCUCAUUCAUUGUUUUAAAGAGACUUGACAAAAAAAAAUUUUAAGUUAAAAUGUUUUUUUUUUUUUUUUUUUAACUUCUAUGCGAUAUUUGAUUAAUAAUUGUGAAUAUUUAUAGCAUGCAAGUAUAUAUGUAUAUGCAUAAUUUUGUUUUUUUAUGGAGUAUAAUUGAAUGGGGUUUGAUACAUUAAAAAAAAAUUUUUUUUACCGAUUUCACUCUUCAUGCUCCAAUGUUUCUUUUCUUCAAUAUUUCUUGAUUAACUAUGCAAGCUACUUGGGGGAAGAACACUUUGUCAAAGCAAAAUGUUUGUGUUCCAAAAUAAAAUUAUACAUAGUUAUUGUCUGUAAAUAACGCUUUCAAAUCAAUUAAGUGAUGUCACUUUUGUACCCAUGGUGUCAUGUAACUAUUGUCUUAGUUAUUGAAUAAAAUACUUUUAUUCUAA